AUGACCGUGGCAAUUGCAGCCUCCGGGCCAACACCAAUCAAGCCUGCCGUUGACCGACCAUUGCUCUGUGUUGGUGAUCCCCCUGCAGGAGGCGUCCCCGUCCCACCCGCGGAGGUCGAGGGGGACGCGGUGGGAACGGAAGGUGAUGGCGUGGAUGGCGAACCAGUGCCAGACGGCGGUGCGGGGAGUAGGAGUGGUUAUCAUCGCAGCAGUCACACGGUGGACGGGCUGGACUCCAGGGCGAUUGCCACGGAUUGUCUCCAUCAGUCCGUACCAGGAAGGGAAGUAGCGGAUUGCACCGGCGCCAGAGCGAGACAGCCUGUCGCGGAGCUGUUUGUACUGCGCCUCGAUCCUCAACAUUUUGAUUUUGAUCGCCCCUCGGCUGAAGCGGAAACGGGGAUGGCGCUCAAGCACCAGCGUGUGGAGUGCAGCCCAGUAGUUGGCACCUUGAACUCCGCGCAUGAGAUCCCAGUCAGGAUCCAGGUCGACUCUGGCCUGCACCAGCUGAAGCAUCUCUGUGGCCGUCCAGUGCACACGCGGGCUAGUGGGAUCGUCCCUCGGAUUAGUAACAGCUGGAGAGCGGACGAGCGGGACCCCUGCAUCGCCAGAAUCAUCAACAACGGGCCCACCAUCAGCUCCGUGUUUGCCGCGGUGCUACUUCUCUCCCUUUCUCUACCCUUCGUUCUUGCUGGAAACGCUGCUGGCGCGGAGCAAUCGUCUCAGUCCAACUACGAAUAUGACGCCAACGGCAACGUUAUCCUCUCUUCUGCUGGGAACAACAACCAGAACGGCAACGGGCAGGGUACAUCCGCGGACGUGAUCGACUGGUACAACGACCAGGAGUACCCGACCUGCCCGCUUAAAGCCUGCCCGUCUUUCAAGCACUAUUGCUCGGGCGGCAUGUGCAACGACACGGCCGGCAUCCUCGGCUGCUGGAGGCUCCCCGAACAGUCGUCGCUCGUGUGCCCGCCGGGGCGCGCCAACCCGAAGCCUAACAACGAGUGGUGCAUCGGGGAGCUCACGCCGUCGCAGUGCUGCAAGGCAUGCUCCGACAGCAAGGAGCCGUGUGCCAUGUGGCAGCACUACAUUGGAACCCUGAACCCCUCUGGCAAGUGCCUUAAGUGCGGCAUCUGCUGGCUGUACCCGCCCGGCACGGCGCCGCGGUGCGAGACUCAGCUGGACAACAACAACGGCUACCGUAUCAAGUACAACUGCUCGCGCAUCGGCGGCAGCUGCCCCUACACCAAGAACGACCCGCACUUCCAGGGCGCGCAAGGCACGCGCUUCGAGUUCAAUGGCGCUCCGGAGAAGACGUUUUGUCUGCUGACGGAUCGCAAUGUGCUCGUGAACAUGCAGAUGCGCGGAUACUACUACACGCGCACCGUCGGCGCGACGGUCCUGCGCAACGGGAAGGCUGUGCGCACGUGGAUCCGCGCGCUCGGGUUCGUGUGGCGCGCGGCGGGUGGGGAGGCAGAGCACAAGUUCCGCCUGGUUGCGCGCGCGGGGAAGAAGCAGGAGCGCGGGGACGGGUUCCUGGAGCUGGCGGAGUUCGACGGGAAGGCCCUUCCGCGCAUGACCAAGGAAGGGGAGACUCUCUCGCUCCCCAGAGGCCUCGCCUUCACUUAUGUCGGGGUCGAAUUCGGCGGGUUCGUGAAGGACGUGUACCGUGUGACUAUUGCGGGGCUUCUGGACAUGGAGAUCAAGCUGCGCGUCGCGCAACCUCUGUUGCAAACACCUGACGACUCCGAGGCGCACAUCAACGUUGCGUUCGACGGCGUGGAGGCGACGGAGCAGGUCCACGGGAUCAUCGGACCUACCUCCCCCUCCUCUGAAUCCGCCUCCUUUCCGCCACAGUCCCCUCCCGCCUCCCCCGCUUCGCCCCCAUUCCCGCUCUUCUCUUCCCCCUUGCCCCUGGUGCUCCCCCCGCCGCCCGCCCUCCCCCACCUGCUUCCCAGGCAGCAGCAGCGCCUGGCGCUCUACCUCGACCUGCUUUUGGACUGGAACCAGGUGAUUUUCCAGGUGGUCUUUCAGCAGCGCAUGAACCUGACAGCAGUCACUAGUCGCGCAGAAGCAGAGCAACGCCACAUUGCCGAUUCUCUAACGCUCAUCCCUGUUAUCCUGGCCCUCACCGCACCACCGCUCUCAACCGUGCCACUUGCUGCUGCACUGCUCCCCACCGCGCCCCAUCCGACCACAUCCCUCCCUACCGAACCACUCGCUACUGCACCAAUCCCCACUGAACCACUCCCCUCCGUACCACUCUCCACCGCACCUCCUGCUUCCGAGCCCCUUCUAGACCCCCCCUCUGUCGCACCCUCCCCUGCCGUGCCACAUGGCGCGCUGCGAUUGGUGGAUGUGGGCACAGGAGCAGGGCUGCCAGGGAUCGUGCUAGCAGUGGCCCAGCCCACGUGGCACGUGACUCUGGUGGAAUCUCUGAACAAGAGAUGCGAUUUCCUCUCGCAUGUGGUGCAGCGAUUGGGACUCAAGAAUGUGCAAGUGGUGUGUGGGAGAGCAGAGGAGGUGGGGAGGGACCCUGUUCACAGGGAGGCCUACGACCUGGCUGUAGCGCGGGCUGUGGCGGAGAUGAGAGUCCUCAUGGGAGGUGCCUUCGUAGCUGCUAAGGGGCCCAACCCUCAGGAUGAGGUCGCAGCAGCAUCCAACUCUGCUUCCCUGCUUGGUGCACAACUUGCUCGAACCUAUGAAGUUGCAUCGUCAAACACCAACGGCCAACGUACAGCAGUCAUCUACAAGAAGCUUGACCCAACUGCUUCCAAGCACUCACAGGCUCCUCUCCCCUCCCUGUCCCUCACCCACCACAGUUGCAUCAUCAAAUUCCAACGGCCAGCGCACAGCAGUCAUUUACAAGAAGGUUCAACCGAGAGAAUCCUAACACUGAAAGGCAUGCCAGUGCACUCAUUGCUCUCCUCCCCUCCCUGUCCCUCACCCCACCACAGUUGCAUCUUCGAACACCAACGGCCAGCGCACAGCAGUCAUUUACAAGAAGCUUGA